UGUCUGAGUGGCUCCGGUUGCUUCCUCUUCUGGGUAUCUUGGCUUUGCUCGGCUAUCUCACCAUUCGCCCCUUUCUGCCUAAGAAGAAGAAGCAGAGGGACAGCCUGAUCAAUCUGAAGAUCCAGAAAGAGAACCCAAAAGUGGUCAAUGAGAUAGACAUUGAGGACCUGAACAGCGCAAAUGUGUGUUACUGUCGCUGCUGGCGCUCCAAAACUUUUCCUGUAUGUGACAAGUCACACUUAAAGCACAACGAGCUGACUGGAGACAACGUGGGACCGCUCAUACUUAAAAAGAAGAUACUAUAAUCAACCACUGAUCAGAUUUUUUUCUCUAAACAGUUUUUCUUGCUCUUGUCUUGGUGUUAUAUUUACUUAAAAAUAGAAACCACACUCUGUUUGAAAGCUACAUUUUGGAUACUUUAAUGAUAGUUUGCAAUAAGGGAAGUUUUUAAAAAAGGAAAAAAAAAGAGUAACUUCGUUUUUGUGUGGUCCUUUUUGUUCAUUGUUCACGUUUGUUGUUUAACAGAGGAGCAGUUUUAUUUGACUGGGACCACUUUGAGGGGGAAACUUGAAACAUAACUGCAUAAUUGCAGUAACUUUAUGAUGCAUUUAUCUAAUGUGAGGCCAUCAGGGGAGAGGUUUUGCAGAUAAAUGUCUGUUUAAAUGGAGUCCUCAAAACUAGUCUGACCUUCCUUCGUUUUGGAUGAGAUUGGACAGCUUUUUUUUUUUUUCCUUCUCCUUUUUCUUUAAUUCCUUUAUUUUGUUUGCUUCAGAUAUGUGUGCCAAAUACUAACAUUUCCAUACUUAAUGGAUGUGACAUAUUUUAAGUUAUUGUGUGUAUGGGAGGCUACUUAUUCUUUAAAUCUGUUUUACUCAUAGCCUUUAAAUGUUGAGUUUUACAUUUUGUAUUCAGUUCUGUUGCCUUAAGACAUUUCAAACCACAUCAAAGUAAUUUCAGGAUAAAUCGUGUUUCACUAAACUUUCAAGGUCUGAAAAUGUCUGUUUCCUUAGGCUUUUGUCAUAUCUGUAUGAAGUUGUCUUGGAAAAUUUUCUUCAUUAAUGACUAUCAAUAAUAAAUCUGCAUUUUGUUUUUUACAGUAUAACUGUUCAUGAGCUUUGCAAGAUAACGGUGUGAAUUUAUUCAUGAUAGAUGGUAGAAAUAAAGAGAAUUUUGGCAUCUUUAAUGUUUGUUAAAUUAAUGAGAUGUGUCAUGUUGUCUUUUUUAGUGGUUAUGUUUAUCAUUUUAAUAUUUUUAUUUUUUUUUCUUAAGUCAGUUUUUCAGGCAGUGGUGGUAAGGGAAGGGAGCUACAAUACAAGAGUGUGUGACUUUUCAGAGGUAGACUUCAUGCCAAUCCAAUAAACAUUGACCUGUUAGUAUUCAGAACAAGUCUUUUUAUUGGCACUAGAAGGUUGAAGUUACCAUAGUCAUUUGUGUGCCAUAAAAAUCUUUAAAAAAUGAUGUGGAAGAUUCACUAGACAACUGAUAAUUUUGGCCUAUUGGAAGCAUAAAUGUUGUUGGAUCACCAUUGAUCUUCUCAUAUCAUGAAAGACUGCUGUAAAAUUAGUAGACAAUCCAAUAGAGGCAUUUCUUCCAGGCCCACACUGAUGGCCUUACCCACAGACCCUCACUAGAAGCGCACCGGUAGUGUGACCAGAAAGGAAACUGCUCACACAACACUUUUGAAUAAUUUAAGCUUUUACUGCAGCAAUGUUAAAGAUGGGCAAUAAAUUUAUUUUUACAUAGUAUUUGGGUAAAAUGAAAACAAUUCUGGAAAAAAAUUCAUCAUAAAUAGCUGCUAUUACGAAAUCUUUUAAGUGAGGUCAUAUAAAUUAAAACAAAAGACAUUUCAUGUUACACCAGAUACAUUCUGCAAUUACAAAAAAAACUAAUAAUACUGAAAAAUCUAUAUUUCUUCUUCAAUUAUAAAAUGUUGGAUUCAUACAGUUUUGCAAAUAUGGACAUGAUCACACUGGCUGACAUUUAGCAGCAUCGUGCUUAAACUAAAAUAUUAGCAAUUACACAAAUCCUUCCCUGACUCUUUGCAAACUACGCAACUGAUCUCACCAUACUGACAGAGGGCUAAUAUGCACACACAAAUCAAAGUAAACAAACACAGCAUGAAGAUGUAGGAUGCCUAAAACUUACAUGUGGUUUUACAGUGUAGUCUACUCAUAGCAAUAAAAAUUGCUUAUCAACAACAUCCCAAAACGUUCUCUGUCCCCCACAAAGAAAGCUGCUUUACUUUGACCUUUCAAGUCAAAGUAAAGUGCUUUCUUACUGGCAAUCCAAUCAAGAACAGUGGAA